UAUCCAGGCUAGAAUCCGACCUCUGUGCUUUCCCCUAUCAGCAAUCCCGCACCCUCCUUUGUCUUCAGUUUCAGUCCACUCCCCACUUUUGCACUGUCCGUAACCAGCCGUCAGGUUGCCAGGCAGCACCUCCGUCCUGAGUUUUAUCUGAGAUAUGGCUGUAUUUCUUGACUGCUCACUUUGGAGGGACUGAGGCUUUGUUCCCCGCAGACUCUCUGGGGGCGGGUCUCACCAAGCAGUGGCUGGGUGCCGGCUGCACCCAGGAAUGCUAGCAAAACCUUGCUGCUGCCUAUGUCCAGAUACUCGCGGCUGGGUGUCAGCCUGACCCAGAAAAAUUUCACCGAUCACUCAGCAGCAGCAUUUCCGGGAUUGUGGAAAAUCUCGUGUAGCCCGAGGAGCUCCCGGACCCACGCUUCUCCUGGGACUUCGCCUUUCGCACCAGUUCCUCUCUGAAAAGGCCAACAAUAGAAUAUUCAUCUGACGAACAGCAGUUGGAGCCCAGAGAGAGACAACAGAAGGCUAGGACCAGGGGCUCAAGUUAGAGGAAAGAAAAGAGACUUUUCUUCUAGCCAAGAUGAAAGGCAUGCAAGCCAUUCAGGAAACUUCAGCAUCCCUGAAGAAUGAAGUCCAUGAGCAGGAAGAUAAAAUGGAGAAUCAAGCACAAAGAGAAGACACACAUUACAGUUAUCCAAUGACACAGCGAUCUUUAGUACAUUUUUUCCCGAAAACGGAUUCAGAUACCACACUGCCAUUGUCAUGGUCAUUAUCCUAUGAAAUACCUCUUGGUUACUAUCUGUCAAGCCCUCAGUUUAGUGGAAUAACUGUAUCAACAACUGAGCAGAAGACUCCUAAAGUUACUAUAGUGGGCCAUUCCCAAUCAGCAAACAGCUUCGGAGUCAACACCUUCAUACCAACAAAGAAACAGACUUUGUCAAUCCUUGCUCCUGAGCCAGUUGUAACUGGAGAAGGAGAAGAUUAUUUCCUAUCUUUGUUUGGUGAUUCAAAGAAAUUUGCUUCACGCUUAUUCCAGCCAGAGAAAACCUGGAAGCACUUUUCCAUGAUUCUUGAAGAUGUGGGCCAAUCUAGAUCCAGUACUCUUGGAGACAUUAAAAUAGCUGAAGUAAAUGUCAAGGGUUUGUUCGUGAAGCUCAUUAACUCUUCUCUUGACAAAGAACUGGAGAUUGGAAAUUAUAUUCUCCAGCAAAAAGUGAAUGGACAAACAAUCUCUUUGUACCGCUUCCUUCCAAACAUCAUAAUGCAGGCCAAUUGCACAGUAACAGUGUGGGCAGCUGAAUCUGAAGCAAAGCAUCAGCCACCGUCAGAUUUUCUUUGGAGAGAACAAAACAAGUUUAAAACAAGCCCAGAUUGUACAACAAUUCUGUGCAAACCUAAUGGUGAAGCUGUUGCCUGGUACACUCCUAUUCACUGGAAGCAAGCGUGGGAGAAAUUAGAGACUGACAUUGAAUUUGACAGAUGCUCAAUUCAUGUAAGUCCAGCGUCUCAAAGACACAUGUUUCAUUGGCCAACAGCUAUAUCUACAACUAAAGAAAAACAAGACAAAUAUAAUAAAGAUACCUCAAAAAAUCAGAUGGAACGAGUCAGAGUUUUUCUUAAAAGAGAAAAAGAAAAUCCACCAACUCUUUUUCCUAAUAGCAGUCCUUGGUGCCACAGUCCUAGUGUCCCUGCACAUCCCUACUGUCCUCUGACUGAACCUCGCAAUACCAGUAUGGCUGAAAGCAGCUUAGAUAGACAGCCUAGGCCUCAGUCAUCCAUGCUGAUCCAGCCCACGACCAUAACAUUCAAAUCUAGAGAAUCCAAGGACACCCAACAUGUCACAGCCAACCUUCCACACAAGAGAAGAAGCCAGAAGCAAGCAAGAAAAUGGUUUCUUUUAGAAAAGAUAAUUCCUCAGGACUUUAUGGUAACCAUUUCUUAAAGAAGGAGAUAAAGUUUGUGGUCAAGUUAAACCAUUUGAUUUCUAGGCUGUAAAGACAAACAUUGGUCAAAAGCAAAA